AUUUAUAUGAAAUAUGUAAAAUAUUAAAGGCUGAAAUUCAAAGUACAAAUUAUGAUGAAAAAAAAGAAUUAAUUCAAAAAAGGUUAGAUGGCCAUAAACAAAAAGCAGAAAUAGAACGGGAAUAUUAUCAUAACAACAUUUUAACAAGUACAAUAUUAUCUGAUACAGCACAU